AUGACAACAUAUGUAAAACUGGUCAAGGGCGCCACAAAGAUCAAGAUGGCGCCCCCCAAGCCCAAGUAUGUGGACCCCAUCCUGCUGGGCACUGGCGACCCAGAGGAAUUCCACGAGAUUAUACGGGCGCUCGACGCGCGUGUGCAGGACACAGCGUGGACAGUGGUGUACAAAUCGUUCAUCGUGGUCCACCUCAUGAUCCGCGAGGGCGAGCCUGAUGUAACGAUCGCGUAUCUGUCCAAACACCUCGAGUUUUUCCGUCUCAAGGACAUAUUCAACUCCAAGCUCUCGUCUGGCGAUCUGCAAGCCCUGAAGCGGUACCGAGAAUAUUUGCAAUGUCGGUGUGAACAAUACGCUCGCACGCACAAGGAUUACGUGCGCGAUGGGAAUGCCAAUCUCAAGGGCAACGUCAAGGACGCCAAACUCGCUCUCGAUCACGUCGAGUCGCUCGAGGCCCAGAUUACCGCGCUUAUCAAGAACCGUUACUCCCAGUACGACCUUGGCAACGAUUUGCUCAUGUGCGCCUUCCGUCUACUAGUGCAAGACCUGCUAGUGCUUUACAAUUCCUUGAACGAGGGCAUCAUCACUUUACUGGAAAGCUUCUUCGAGCUCACCCAUGCAAAUGCAGAGCGCACUUUGGAAUUGUACAAACGGUUUGUGGAACUCACGGAAAACGUUGUCAAGUAUUUAAAGACUGGCAAAGCUGUCGGUCUCAAGAUUCCUGUUAUCAAGCACAUCACUACAAAGCUGAUCCGUUCCUUAGAAGAGCACUUACGCGAGGACUCCAAGAAAGGUCAAACCUUCUCCUCAGAGGAUAAGACUCCUGCACAGAAACAACUCGAGCAAGUGCGUGAACAAAAACGCCAACUAGAGGAGCAAUUGAAAUCGCAACAACAAGUUACAUUCUCGCCCACUAUUCCUCAGCAACAAACGGGCUACAACCCCUUUUCUGAAGGUUUCACAUUCGAGCAACCUCUAGUGGCCCAGCAGACAAGUAACCCAUUUGCGCAGCAACAGCAACAGGUUGCCACCGGUCAAGUGCAACAAGUGCCAACCCAGAAUGUAAUGCCGAUCCAACCUCAAUUGACGCAGCUGCAACCUCAAGUGACGCAACCGAUCCAACCCCAGGUGACACAGCAGUUUCAGCAACAACAACCUCAGCAAUUACAACCUCAACAAACUCAGCAGUUACAACCUCAACAAACGCAGUUUGUGCCCGUUCAACACACCGCCCAGCAGCCUUUCGACACGCAGCAACUUCAACAACAACCCACCCAGCAGAUCGCUCCACCUCAACCUUAUCAAGCGCAACCACAAGUUACCCCUGCUGCACCAGAAAAUUCAUCCCAAUUGCAAACGCAACAAACUGGGUUUUUCAGUUCAAACACGCAGCUUACUCCAUCCUUCACGGGAGCUGGAUUCGGCGGCUACUCAGCUCCACCUUCACAGCUGCCCACUGCUGCUGUAACCGGCGCACAGAGUGGAUACCAAGCUAUACCGCAACCCCAGAUGCAAGCACAAGUCCAACCCCAGGCUCAACCUCAGGUCCCUGCGCCCACCGGUUCGAACAACCCAUUUUCGCUCGACAAUAUAUCUCGCGAAAAUGAGGCUAGAGCCCAAGUCAAUCCCUUCUCACAAAUCAAUUACACUGGCGCUGCUCCUGCAAACCCUUUCUCACAACAGCAGCCUACACAAUCUACUGCAAUGCAACAACCUCACACGUUUGGAGGUUACGAAAAUAUUCCCACUGUUCCCGUCUUCCCACAAGCACACGCACACGCACAGCAGCAGGGUCAGCAACAAUACCAAAUGCAACCCUCUCAGCAACAAAUCAACCCAUUUUCACAACCUCAACAGCAGCAAUUCCAGCAAGCUCAACCUCGAUAUGGCGAAGGCCCUAAUCUCAUCGACAUUUAA